CAGCUGCCAGAGCUGGGUACAGGUGAGCUGCACCUGGAGCCGGAGAGGCACAGCGGCCAGGAGCAGGACAGCUGGAAAGAGCUCCCACUUAGGCUGACAGAAAUGGCCCUUGCUCUGUGGAAGAACUUUCUUCAGAUUACAAUGAAAAGGAUACUACAGCAAAGAAGGUUGUCACUGUAUAAUGGUGCUCAUGGCUAUGAGGAAGAAUUGAUAAAGAAGAAACUUCAGCAGUUUUCUGGUGGAUCUGUCAACCUUGUGAAAGAAGACAAUGGCAUUGCAAUACUUACUUUGAAUAACCCCAAGUUAAUGAAUGCUUUCACAGGCACUAUGAUGGUAGAACUCCAGGAGAGGGUAACUGAACUGGAAAACUGGAAGGAUGGCAAAGGUCUUAUAAUCCAUGGUGCAGGAAAUACUUUUUGCUCAGGAUCUGAUUUGAAUGUUGUCAAAGAAAUAUCCAAUUCCCAGGAUGGGAUGAAUAUGUGCAUGUUUAUGCAAAACACCUUAACCAGACUUAUGAGGUUGCCUUUGAUCAGUGUUGCAUUAGUUCAAGGAAAAGCUUUUGGAGGAGGAGCAGAACUUACCACAGCAUGUGAUUUCAGGUUGAUGACGCCUGGCAGCGAGAUUCGGUUUGUCCACAAGCGCAUGGGGCUGGUGCCGGGCUGGGGAGGCGGUGCGCGGCUGGUGCGGCUCGUGGGCAGCGGGGCCGCGCUGCAGCUGCUGGCCGGGGCCGAGCGGGUGGGCCCCGAGAGGGCGCUGGCGCUGGGGCUCGCCGAGCUCGCCCUGCCCUCCGCGGAUGAGGCCGCGGCGCUGGCAGAGGCCCGCGCCUGGCUCAGUCAGUACACUGACGGUCCGGCCGCCGUCGUUCGGGCCGCGAAAAAGGUCGUGACAGCAGCAAGAGAGCUCCCACUGGAAGAUGCCCUAAGGACAGAGAAGGACAUUUUUGGAACUGUAUGGGGUGGGCCUGCCAACUUGGAAGCAUUGGUGAGAAGACCAAAACAUAAAUGAUGGUUUAUGCAUAAGAAAUGGGCUUGACUUUUUUGCAAACAAAGCUUUCAGUAAAGCAGCCGUUAAGCUGAAUCAUUUAAGGACUUGUCUAUUUAAAAUGGCAUUAACAUUCCUGCCAUUUAGGUCAGGCAGGCAUAUUUGGUGUGCAACCACAGAGAAAUCCCGGGCAGAUUCUCUGCUGUCCUAAUCACCCACUGAAUCGAGAUUAGUGAAAUUACUAUGUAAAGGUAAAUACUGUGCUGAAAAUAGAACUACAAUUCAUUUGGAAUGAGGCUGAAAUUUAUUUUAUUUGGUGUUUUGUUUUGAUUUUUAACUAGUAUGGAAAUUAAUUACUUCAAAGAUAUGAGGUUAAUUCAUUUGCAGAACAGGUGCAUCUAAAGCUGCAAAAUGAGUUCCCCAUCCAGUGUCUUUAAGCAGGUUAGAAAAGAUGAUUACUAGUGGGAGGAUAGCUUUUAUUUUUUCAUUCUGGUUAGUUCUUUGUGCAAUUGCUGAGAAAGUAUCCUUCAAUUUUAAUGGUGCUUUUACAGGAGAAGCUUUGAGUUACUAAGAAAAUUUUAGCAAUCAUUCGCUAUCACUGAUUCAGGCUUUAAAAUGUAUUUUGGUGUCUUCUCACUGCUCAAGGAAUCAACUACCCACACACGCAUCUGCACAUUCCCAUAUCUUGUACCUGUGCAAAGCUGCUGGCCUGGUUCUUUACACAGAAUCUGGCUGAAAUCUUGGAAGGCAAUGAUGUAUCAUGUCCCAAAAAGGUUUGUCCUUAGGUGACUGGGUGAUGUGAGUUCUUCAGCAUUCUGGUAAGAUGUGAGUGGAUAUGUCUAUGCCUUUCUUCAAUGCAUUUUUACAUUGGUAGGGUAUAUUUGGGCUUACUAGAAGGUUUAAAACUCAGUCUCCCCUUCAUGCCAGUGACCAUGCAAGUAAUUGGAUAACUCAGUAGGGAAAGUUUUCCCUUUAGAAAUCAGAAACUGACACAGAGUGCCUGCUUUAAAAAUAAGAUCUGUAAGAGCAAAACCAUACAGACAUAUCUGUGACUGAGAGUUUCCUGUACUGUUGGUUAGGAUGCACUUGUCUCUAAAUCCAGCAGGGACUGAGAUCUGAGCCAAGGACCUGAGUACUCUGUGGAAGCAUGUAGAGAAGGAAGCUCUGGGCUUUGUGCCACUGACAUGCCUUCUUGCUCUGACCAGACAUAACUAGCUCAAGAUCAUGGAACAAGCUCCCUUAAGAAAAUAAGGCAGUAUCUUGGAUGGAAAUCCAUGUUACGAUUUCUAGUGUGGCAGGAGUCCUGAGUUUUAGACAGUGAGGUAACUGCAUAUGUUUGAGGACUUGGGGACAAAUCAAUGUUGGGAAUUAGGCUUGGAUUGCCUGUUAAGAUUCUGUAAGUUUUGAGCAGAUUCUGUGAUCUGCUGGGGAUGUUUUACUGUGUGCUUUUCACAGCAAUGAAUAUAGUGUGAAGCAACCAAGAGAAAUGCUGAGGAAAGGGAUGUGUUUUGAGUUGGCAUCUCAGAGAAGAUACGGAACUUACCUCCCCCCUGUUGAUCCUGCAUCUUUGCCUUAGUAUCUGGAGCGCUAAUGGAUGAAGAUUUAAAAUCUCUCUUCCCCAAAAAUAAAGUUCAAAUUUUUCUUUCAGGUUAGAGAAGACACAGGAAUGAGAACAGGGGGAAUAGAGUAGUGUUUUAGUUUGUGCCUUUCUCCCCCUGGAUCCUUUUUAUCCAGUAGCCCAGUGGUUACUUCUGUGUAGCUGGAUUCUCUCCCAUGCCCUAAAGAACUUCAAAACUAUUACCUCAGAAGAGCAAAUGCUUUAGUAUAAUCAGGCAGCACUUGACUGUUUAGUAGUGAAGCUGUUCUGUGUUUCAUGAAGUUUCUCAAGACUCGUGAGGGAUUCCAGACAGCAGCAUCACUGAACCUUCAAGGCACACUCCAGUCCAUACUUUUUGAAGCAAUAGCACAUAAUGUUGUUGUGAGUCAAAAAAAAAGUUUUAAAGGGCAACUGAUUAUGUCUUUGCUUUUAGCAAGAACAAAUGUGCCACUACUAAUACUGUUAUUGUUUUUAAAAUUGAUGUGAAAAUUACUUAGAACCUAAGACCCUUGAAUCUUUUUUUCUCUGGCAUAUUAGGCUCCUAAGUGUAUUCUGUGUACUGAGUUAUAGAAAUUUGAGAGGGAAGAAAUUGUAGGACAAACGCAGAAUCUGGUUUCUUUCACAUUUUGAACCAGAUCUGUGCUGGCAGUUAGUGAAUGGUAAGUACACCUCUGGGGGAUCUCUUUCCAUUUUGAUUUAUAGACAAUGAGCUUAAUUCUCAUUUCAGCAAAUGUAUUUCCCCAGCCACCCUCUCUGAUUUGUAUCAAAGGCCAAUGUUUGCUUCUAAGAAAACAGGACAAAUAAUUAACUAUUACACACCAAGACACAUUCAGAACGGUUCCAGAGAGGGUUAUGGAAACCCAUAUUGCUGGUAUCAUAAAUAUACCAAGCAUAGGUGCAGGACAUUCUGAAGAACAUUACAGGCUGUGAUCAAAGAUUUUGUGAGUAGUCUUAUACCAUAUUCUCUUACUAUAAAAGUAAGUAGAGCCCUUCAUACAAAACCAGCCCAGCUAAAUUACCAUGAGUGCUAGGAUGAAAGUUUCAGACUGAGAUGAAAUGGAAUCCCAUUUUACCCAUUUGAAAGCUAAAUGCUUUAUUUCACAGAACACUUUCUUAUCAUUUUAAAGUGGCAAAUAUCUUUAACCAGCAGUUGUUAAAUGUUUGUAUUUUCUUUACAACUGUUAAAGAUGUCAAGCUUCAUCUCAGGGGUGUUUGUCCCUUCUGAAAUGGUUUAAAAACAAAGAAGCACUAAAUGCGCAAAAUGAAUUAGAAACAUCAAAAUUGAUAGUCCCAGUCCCCUAAUUAAAUAGCAUGCCAGCUUUUGUAUUUCCUAGGGGCUAAUUUGCCAGCUUCCUCCUCAGCAAACUAAGUUUCCUAUUACAUUGUGAAAUGUCUGUCUUGUUUUUCUUCUGUGUACUGGGCCAACCAAAGAGUUUAAUGGGAGUGUGGAUUCUGCACCAAGCCUGUAAAGGUUGGAUAAUGGAGAUCACUUUUCACAAUACAGAUACUUCUAUCUUAUUUGCUGCUGAUAAAAAUAUAUUUACCCGAUGGUCAGUCUAGAUAAGCAAGGUGUUCUUGCAGAAUGCUUGGGUCUCUAUCUGAUUUAUAUUUUUUUUAGCCAUGAAAUAGGAUUCCUGUAUCUGUGGUUAUCUGUUCUGGAAAUGAUGAAAUGCUGUAGAUUUUAUAGUAUUUAAAUUUCCUUUCUCAUUUUCCCUUCUGCUCCACUAUGCAUUUCUCUGGCUAUGCUGCACAAGUUGAAAAUCAUUUAGUGCUUGGAGUUACAGUCAACCACAUAAUGCAGUGUGGCUCUGGCUUUGCUAAAAUGGACAGAGAACACAUUUCCUACUGAAAGUAAUGGUUUAAAUAUAAGAUGGGAAUUAUCAGUUGCUACUUUUCCCUAGCGUGAUCUGGGGAGUGCAUUUGCUACUCUGAUGGCUGGCUAUUAAAGUCCUACCAGCCUUACUUUAAGUAAUUUUAGUGUUUCACAGCUGCAGUCAGCCAGCAGGAGCCAAAAGCAGUAUCAUGGGUGUGAGGCUGAACUCUUUACUUGGGUCAAAAACCAAGAUAAUCACUGAUAGAAUAAUUUGUAGACUGUUUGGGCUGUAAAUCCUACAGCAUAUAGUGAGUCCUGUUCCUCUAUUUUCUUUCUUGCUUUUUUCAACCCAUACUCUCACAUGAAGCAUGUGCACAUAGCUGAAGUGUUCUUCAUGAAGGCUUUUGUAGUACAAAGUCAUACUUUGGUUAGAGCCACUGUAUACUAACUCAAAUCAGAGAAAUAAGACAGCUAGCAACUAACACCGAUAAAAGCAUUCCACCCAGUUUCCUUCCUGAAGUCCACGUAAUUGGCAUAUUUCCUUAUGGGACUGGAAGAUUAUAGUGAAAAUCUGUGAUCAAGAGCAUUUAUUCUUAACUGAGAAUGGAGGAAAUCUUCCUUAUUCCAUCCUAGUCUCACCUGCCAUUUUGUGACCCACUGAUCUCACCUGUAGGCAGCAGAAGAGGAGCACAACUUUGUCCAAGAUCAGACACAUCAUCCAUCAUUACAGUAAGAAGAAGGUUAUAGAUGUGUAAAUCUACCAUUUUUAAAAGUCAGCCUUUUAAUUCCCUUCAAAGAGUUGUUUCCUUAAAGCAACUUCUGUCUUAAGAUCAGUAGUACCUAUGUAUCAGCUACUGUUCCUUUCUAUUCCGAGAUACAGAUACUAAGAAUUGGAGUUUAAGUAGCUUUAUUUUAAAAUAAAGUCCAGAAUCAA